CACAUGCUCCGCGCCAGGCUCCGUGCUUGGUGCUCUGCAUUUGCUUGUGUUUGAUGGAUGAAUAGAAGGUCAUCCCUGAGGGAAGCCAGUAGGUACCCUUUGGGUUCUCAUCACAUUUUCCACUUGGGUGUCUUUGAUUCAGGUAAUGAGUGGGAGGAGGAGAGCCAAGCUGGAGUUUACCCAAACUGUCAGAAAAGGGUACCCUGGGCUCCUUGGAAACCUGAGUCCUCAGGUCACACAUGGGAGCUUGCUUUUCCCCGGAGUGAAGACCUCGAGGAGGUGUCCUGUGUCAGUGGCAGCCUUUGCGCUGGUGGCUCCGAGCUGCUGCAGCUGGUCUGGCCCAGGAGCCAAGUGUUACUCUUGACUCGGAGGCUGGCUCCUGGCUCUUCCCUGCUCACACUAAGGACCUCUGGCCACAGGCAGUUAUGACAUUACCGAGAGCCAUGGACUUCCCGCAGCACAGCCAGCAUGUCUUGGAGCAGCUGAACCAGCAGCGGCAGCUGGGGCUUCUGUGUGACUGCACUUUCGUGGUGGAUGGUGUGGAUUUUAAGGCCCACAAAGCAGUGCUGGCGGCCUGCAGUGAGUACUUCAAGAUGCUCUUCGUGGACCAGAAGGAUGUGGUGCACCUGGACAUCAGCAACGCAGCAGGCCUGGGGCAGGUGCUGGAGUUCAUGUACACGGCCAAGCUGAGCCUGAGCUCCGAGAACGUGGACGACGUGCUGGCCGUGGCCAGCUUCCUGCAGAUACAGGACAUCAUCACAGCCUGCCACGCCCUCAAGUCGCUCGCUGAGCCGGCUGCCAGCCCAGGGGAGAGCACAGAGGCCUUGGCCUUGGAAGGAGGGGCCAGGAGAGCCAAAGAGGAGAGGGCUGCUGCCACCACGCUGAGUGCGCUGGACCCUGCUGGAGGCAGCCCACCCAGGGGCUCCGGCAGGGAGCCCAAGGAGGAGCGAGGGGGACAGGCUGAGAGUGCAGCCAGCGGUGCGGAGCAGACGGAGAAGGCCGAUGCCCCCCGGGAGCCCCCGCCGGUGGAGCCCAAGCCCGACCCCACCAGUGGCAUGGCUGCUGCAGAGGCCGAGGCCGCCUUGUCAGAGAGCGCGGAGCAAGAAAUGCAGGUGGAGCCAGCCCGCAAAGGGGAAGGGCCGGGCGAGGACCCCGCGCCCGCUGUGAAGGUGGAGGGGCCGCAGCUGGACAAGGGAGACGCCCCCGAGGAGAGCGAGGAGUCGGCCAGCACGGACUCGGGCCAGGAGCUGGGCGCCGAGGCCCGUGGCCUGCGCCCCGGCACCUACGGCGACCGCACCGACCCGCUGAAGCCCUACGGCUGCGAGGAGUGCGGCAAGAGCUACCGGCUCAUCAGCCUGCUGAACCUGCACAAGAAGCGGCACUCGGGCGAGGCGCGCUACCGCUGCGAGGACUGCGGCAAGCUCUUCACCACGUCGGGCAACCUCAAGCGGCACCAGCUGGUGCACAGCGGCGAGAAGCCCUACCAGUGCGACUACUGCGGCCGCUCCUUCUCCGACCCCACCUCCAAGAUGCGCCACCUGGAGACUCACGACACGGACAAGGAGCACAAGUGUCCCCACUGCGACAAGAAGUUCAACCAGGUGGGGAACCUGAAGGCCCACCUGAAGAUCCACAUCGCAGACGGGCCCCUCAAGUGCCGCGAGUGUGGGAAGCAGUUCACCACCUCAGGGAACCUGAAGCGGCACCUGCGGAUCCACAGCGGGGAGAAGCCCUACGUGUGCGUCCACUGCCAGCGGCAGUUCGCGGACCCCGGGGCUCUGCAGCGGCACGUCCGCAUCCACACGGGCGAGAAGCCGUGCCAGUGUGUGAUGUGUGGCAAAGCCUUCACCCAGGCCAGCUCGCUCAUCGCCCACGUGCGCCAGCACACGGGGGAGAAGCCCUAUGUCUGCGAGCGCUGCGGCAAGAGAUUCGUCCAGUCCAGCCAGUUGGCCAAUCACAUUCGCCACCAUGACAACAUCCGCCCCCACAAGUGCAGCGUGUGCAGCAAGGCCUUCGUGAACGUGGGGGACCUGUCCAAGCACAUCAUCAUUCACACCGGAGAGAAGCCGUACCUGUGUGACAAGUGUGGUCGCGGCUUCAACCGGGUGGACAACCUCCGUUCCCACGUGAAGACCGUGCACCAGGGCAAGGCGGGCAUCAAGAUCCUGGAGCCAGAGGAGGGCGGCGAGGUCAGCGUGGUCACUGUUGAUGACAUGGUCACGCUGGCCACCGAGGCACUGGCAGCCACGGCCGUCACUCAGCUCACAGUGCUACCAGUGGGGGCAGCAGUGACCGCUGACGAGACAGAAGUGCUUAAAGCCGAGAUCAGCAAAGCUGUGCAGCAAGUGCAGGAAGAAGACCCCAACACCCAUAUCCUCUAUGCCUGUGACUCCUGUGGGGACAAGUUCCUAGACGCCAACAGCCUGGCCCAGCACGUGCGGAUCCACACAGCACAGGCGCUGGUCAUGUUCCAGACAGACGCGGACUUCUACCAGCACUACGGGCCCGGCAGCACGUGGCCGGCCGGGCAGGUGCUGCAGGCCGGGGAGCUGGUCUUCCGCCCUCGGGAUGGGGCCGACGGCCAGCCCGCCCUGGCCGAGACGCCCCCCACAGCCCCAGAAUGUCCACCGCCUGCUGAGUGAGCAGGCGUCCCUCUUCCUGACUGUUUAUUUAAGGAUGGGUGGCCCGCUCCCCUAGAGAAUAAAUUUCAUUAUUUUCUAA